CAUGUGGUGGGGGCGACGAUUUAGGGAGCGGAUAUGCGUAUUGUAACAGAUAUGAUAGUGGGAGCGGAGAUCUCGGAGACAGGUGCGACAGUUACGUUUGGUGGCGAGAUACCCGGGAUCAUGGAUCUACGGUUACAGAUAAUGGGCCAUCCAAGGGUAAGAUUUAGGCCUAUAAAUACAAGAGUAAGUGGUCAGGUGUUAAAGGAGGGGUCAAUCGGUUCGAGUUCUGUCUCGGGUCCACAUCCGAAACAUUUUGGCGCCCACCGUGGGGCCCGAAGACUUAACAAAAAGCCAAGUACGAUCACAAUGGCAGAGGAGGCACCACUGCAACUUUUACAAGAAUUACAGAGACAGAUGCAAGAGAUGCGGGCGGAGAUUGCGGCGAUGAGGGCUAAACGAGCCAAUCGAGUAAAUGAUGAAGGCAGACCUUCCAUUUAGUUAGUGAAUGUCGAGACGAUUCAUUCGGAAAGCGAUG